CCCUCCCGCGUCUCUAUGGUCACGGCGGAGGCCUUGUGGGCGGCGAGUCCCGUGACGGGUUCCGCGGUGACGGUGGCCGGCAGGAGCGAAAGAGCGAAGGAACAAACAGGAGGAGCAGGAGGAGGAGGAGGAGGAGGAGAUGGCGGACGCUAGAGAUCCACUGAUUAUCUAAGUACCAACAGCUGCCUCUUCUGAUAUGAAAGCUGGGAGAGAGUACCGCUGAAAUCAACAUGUAGCAGACAACCCUGCCAUCAAAUGUGCUGCUUUUAGCCAAGGUGUUUCAGGCUUUUCAUCAGUGAAUGAAUUACUCUAGGAUUUGAAUUUUUUUUUGGGUGGCGAAUGCAUUUUAUCAACUAAAUUUCAAAUUGGAUCUUAUGUAGUGUUGGUUAAACUAAGGAACCAUGAGUAGCAAUUUAGGCAAAGAAAAAGAUUGUAAGGAGAAGGACUCCAAAGUGUCUUCAGCAAAAGAAAAGGAGAAAGAAGCAAAGGCCUCUGGUGGUUUUGGGAAGGAGGGUAAAGAGAAAGAGCCUAAGACCAAAGGGAAAGAAGCCAAAGAUGGGAAGAAAGAUGCCAGCAGUGCACAGCCAGGGGUGGCUUUUUCAGUGGACAAUACAAUAAAACGACCAAAUCCAGCUCAAGCUGCUCGUAAAAAAUCCAGCAAUGCCGAAGUGAUCAAAGAGCUAAACAAAUGUCGGGAAGAAAAUUCAGUGCGCUUGGACUUGGCCAAGAGGUCAAUACAUCUGCUCCCAUCAUCUGUCAAAGAGUUGACACAGUUGACAGAACUUUAUUUAUAUGGAAACAAACUGCAGUCACUACCACCUGAGGUGGGCUGUCUUGUGAAUCUGAUGACACUGGCCCUGAGUGAGAACUCUCUCACCAGCCUUCCUGACUCUCUUGAUAACUUGAAGCAACUUCGCAUGGUUGAUCUACGGCAUAACAAACUCAGAGAAAUCCCUCCAGUGGUAUACAGGCUAACUUCCCUUACCACACUUUAUCUGCGCUUUAAUCGUAUCACAGCUGUGGAAAAGGAUAUUAAAAACUUGUCAUUGCUCACAAUGCUAAGUAUACGGGAGAAUAAAAUCAAGCAACUACCUGCAGAAAUUGGUGAGUUGUGUAACCUCAUAACGUUGGAUGUAGCACACAAUCAGCUUGAACAUCUUCCAAAGGAGAUUGGAAAUUGCACACAGAUCACCAAACUUGAUUUACAGCACAAUGAACUUUUGGACCUUCCAGACUCUAUAGGAAAUCUAUCCAGUCUGAAAAGUCUUGGUUUGAGAUAUAACCGGCUGUCAGCAAUACCCAGGUCGCUAGCACAGUGCAGUAAACUCGAUGAACUGAAUUUGGAGAACAACAUUAUUUCUGCUUUGCCAGAGGGUCUCUUAUCCAGCCUUGUGAAUCUGACUAGUCUAACUCUGGCAAGGAAUUGUUUCCAAUCAUAUCCAGUGGGUGGUCCCUCACAAUUCUCCACGAUCUACGCACUUAAUAUGGAGCAUAACCGCAUCAAUAAAAUCCCUUUUGGAAUAUUUUCCAGAGCGAAAGUGUUGAGCAAACUGAACAUGAAGGACAAUCAGCUGACAUCCCUUCCCUUGGACUUCGGGACAUGGACCAGCAUGGUUGAACUCAACCUAGCUACAAACCAACUCAACAAGAUUCCAGAAGAUGUGUCUGGGCUUGUUUCCCUCGAGGUUCUUAUCUUGUCAAACAACCUUCUAAGAUGCCUCCCUCAUGGCAUUGGAAAUCUGAGGAAACUGAGAGAAUUGGAUCUGGAGGAAAACAAGCUGGAAUCCUUGCCAAACGAAAUAGCUUACCUUAGGGAUCUACAGAGACUGAUCCUAACAAAUAAUCAGUUGAGCACCCUUCCUAGAGGAAUUGGCCACCUUAUCAAUCUGACGCAUCUUGGACUGGGGGAGAAUUUCCUUAUGCAGAUUCCUGAGGAAAUUGGUACACUGGAGAAUCUGGAAGAAUUGUAUCUUAACGACAACCCCCAUCUAAACAGUCUACCUUUUGAACUUGCGCUCUGCAGUAAACUAUCUAUAAUGAGCAUUGAGAACUGCCCACUCAAUACUCUUCCAGCUCAGAUCGUUGCCGGUGGACCUUCCUUUAUCAUCCAGUUCCUCAAGAUGCAAGGGCCAUAUCGUGCCAUGGUCUGAUGGAUAUCUGCCCUAUUGAUGUACAAAAUAUAAAUGGCACUUGGGGGUGUCACUGUGUAUAUAGUAUUAUCUAGGCCACAAGGUGCCAGGAUUGGAAAGAAGUUGGCUUGUCCCAUACACUGUACAAUAUGCAAAGAGCAUUGUUGGUAUUGUGUAUGUGUGUAUAUAUAAUAUAAUAUAUAGGGUGUAUAUUAUAUUAUAUAUAAAACAUAAAUAAUAUAAAACAGGCAAAUUUAAGACCAUGUUUAUGUGUUUCUGUUUCAUAGAGGAAACAUAGCCAUUUAUUGGUUGUUGUUUUUUUUUUCAUUGUAAACAUGCUUGUCUAAGUUUUCUUUGCUGAACUAAAUGGAUGUCUGGGAAAUUCGGGAUACCAGUUUACUUUAUUCAAUUGCCACAUCAUUGCUGACCAGUGUCAGGAACAGAAUGUUUUAGAUAGAGCCCUCUUCCCAUUGUGGAAAAAAAAGAAACCCAACAAAUUGAUGACAUGAACUUUUCCCUCAGCUUGUAUUCUUAAUGACAAAAAUCCUUGAGAUGCAAUUUGUUCUUGAGAUCUUUUAACUUGGAGCGAAUUGUCUUGGAUGUUGUUUACAGUAAGAGCAAAUCACUGAAUUAUUGUCUUUUUUGAUUUACUCUUUUUCAAUCAUAUCUAAUUUUGUGCAUAUGCCGAGGGCUUUUUAAUUGACUGAUUUUAAUAGAAAAAAUGGAAAGCAGGAAAUGACGAAGUCCGACGAAGUCCGAGUUCAUUUUAAGUCUUCAGUAUCAAUAAUAAACAUAUCAUAUUAGAAACAUUUGCUCUACAUUUGGCUGCAUUUGGCAUACACAACGCAUUCUGAUUUUAAAAUUGACAGAUUUGUUGAAAAGCUGUAUGUUCUGUUAAGGUCGAAGAGAUGAGAAUCUAUAUGUAUAUAUAAGGUGGCAUUGAUGUAAAAUACAACAGGCAAUUGUAUGAGUUUUUCCUGGUCUUUGUACAAAUAAUGAAUGUGUCUUUUUUGGAAACACUGCAGUAUAUGUAAGAUUUACGGUUCAUUGACAAUGUUAUUCUGGUUUUAUAUCUUGCCUUGCCUUGUACAUCCUUCCAUUCUUACGGGCCGUCUGUGUCCUAGCACAAUAUCUCCAUGCUGUGCUGUUUUGCUGCUGAACUAAAUGCACUUUUCCCUUCAGCUUGGGACACUUGCUUCAAAGUAAUCAGUUCAGUACCAUGAUUUAUUCUCUUAACCUCAUUCUGUCAAUCUCAGUAUUAAAGAUUGGUCUGUUUAAAAAAGGACACCUUUUCAUUUGUAUUUAGAACUUGAUCAUUCGGUAGAGAGAGAAAAAAACCCAGUAAAGUAGUUCACCUUUAAUGGGUGUCAUUUUCAUGGCUGUAUAAAGGGCUAAUGAUGCUGCAGUGAAAUAGACACUUGCUAUUACACUUGGAGUACCAUUUCAAUUUCAUUUUUGGAAGCUUCUAUUGCAAUUACAUUCCAGAUAGACUUGUUUUCAUUCUGUCAAUUUACUAUGAUGGUUUCGCUUCUGGGAUACUAGAAUUUAGAGAGUGUGGCAUCUUUUGAACAAGUAUUACAUCAUAGUUGCCAGAUGAAAGUUUCCAUCUUGUGUAGGUUUUGUAAUUAUUAUUGUUUAGUUCUUACAAUAUGAUCUGAUAAUAGGCACAAUCUAUAGAUAGUCAUGCAUCUUUUUUCUCCAUUGAUGAGAUUUAAGCUCCUGCUUAUGUGCUUAAGGCUGCACUUCAAAGCACAGUUAUUUCUGAGUAAAUGUGCUUAAGAUUGCAGUGUUUCUCAUGUGUUUUGGCCUACAACUCCCAGAAAUCCCAGCCAGUUUACUAGCUGUUACGAUUUCUGAGCAUUGAAGACCAAAACAUCUGGGAACCCACAGGUUGAGAACCACUGUCCACAUUAUUUUCAGUGGGAUUUGGAUGCUCCUGAGCUUCUAUGAGUUGAGCCCAUCAUCACUCCCUUGCUUUUGCUCUCUCUGAGGUGAAUUCUAGCUUUCAUUAAUGUUUUCACUGGCAAGGAGGAAAUCCUUAAAGGCAUAUAGAGAUAUAAAAUCUUAGAAGGCUUACACUGGUAGUAAAAAUGACUCUAGAUUUCACCAGAGUUAUCAAGUCCAAAAUGGGCAGGGGGAAGUUGACUUCAUGGCCUUGAAAAUGCUGCCCCACUGGUCCCCAGAUCUUGGUCCUCCAGGUUUUUGUGGACUUCAACUCCCAAAGCCUCGGGGUCUUUCCAGACAGGCCCUAUAUCCCAGUAUCUGAACCCAGGUUUUCUGUUUAUCUCAGUAUAUCUGGCAUUGUGGACUCAUAUAACACAGUUUAAAGCAGAAAACCUGGGUUCCUGGGAUAUAGUGCCUGUCUGGAAGGGUCCUAAGACAGCUCAGCCAACAGUGAGGAAUUCUGGUAACUGAGGUCCAAAACACAUUGAGGGCAACGUUUGGGAACCACUGUGCUACACAAAGGAGCAGGGGACUUGCUAAAUUGGGUGGACUGUGCUAUGUUGGAGGGGAUAAGGAGAAAGAAGGAGGUGUAGACGGAGGAACCUUCCACAUAUGUCAUGGGUGCCCAACCUUUAGGUUCUCGCACCCCAGGCCACCUCAAUCAUCCCAAACAGUAUAGCAUUUUAAGGAGGCUGCCAUGGGGAGAAGUGAGUGUGGCCUUGUACUGGCUUUGCUCCUCACAUAUAACUGAGUUCAUACUAUAAAUUCCACCGCUUUUAAUAACAAAGUCUAUUAAUAACUAUCUCACUCUCCGUGUUUAUAAAAAUGUAUAGUUUCAGCUGUAUGCAAAGCCUGCUUGUCUAUGCAUUCAAAUAGUGAAAAGAUGCGUGUAGUGAUUGUUACAAAAGUUAAAGCCCACUUUGUGCUGAAGCUGGAAACUUGUUCCAUUGAUUCAGUACAUACGUCUUAAUGUGCUGCCCACGUGCAUUUUUAUUUUCGGAUGGGAAAAAUCUUUUCAAGUCAACGGUUUAUCUGUCCCUUUUCAAGAGUUUAGCCAUGGACUGAAAAUUGUUCUGGGUAGAGGAAUCUCUUUGGAAACUUUUAAAAAAUUGAAUUAGGUUAGUUUGCAUCUAGUUAGCGGGCUUCUUCUGCCGCUUUGUGGAACUGCAGGUAGAUGAAGUAGGGUUGUAUUUGUGGAAUUGAUUGUUUUGUCUGUAAAUAUAUGAAUACAUUUGUUCAUCUUGCCAAGGAUUAUAUGACUGUUUCUCUCUAGAAAAAAUGCCUGCAUGUUAGAAACUGGUUUUAUUUAUUCAUUGAUACACUUAGAAAUAACAGGUUUUGUUUUUUUAAAAAAAAUAAUGAAACAAACACACUUCAACAUCAUAUGUGCACGGGAGUCAUAAUACAUUCUAGCAUUAAGCAUUGAACCCAUGCUCCCCAAUCCCUCCAUUUUUGUUUCGUGUUGUAGGAUGAAAAGGGAACAGAUUUACAAGAAGGUAGCAAUGAAUUCUGGGCUUUGACAUUUUGCAUUUCUUUCAUAAUGUAAAAUAAUUGCCAUUUGGUUUUAAAACAGGGUCUUUGGAUUGAAAAUUCUUGGGUCGCCCAAUGGUAGGUACUUUUCCUUGGCAAAUUGAUGGCUUUUAAUCAAUUUUUCUGUGUGUAAGGAACGACUUGAGAAACUGCAAGUCACUUCUGGUGUGAGAGAAUUGGCCGUCUGCAAAGACGUUGCCCAGGGGAUGCCCGGAUGUUUUGAUGUUUUAUCAUCCUUGUGGGAGGCUUCUCUCAUGUCCCCACAUGAGAAACUGGAGCUAACAGAAGGGAGCUCAUCCGCACUGUCCCCGGAUUCGAACCUCCAGCCUGUCAGUCUUCAGUCCUGCCUGCACAAAGGUUUUACCCAUUGCAUCACCGGGGCUCCUUUUAAUCAAUGAGAUCAUGCCAACUUAAAUAUAUGAAGGAGGUAUGCCAUAUAGAUUAAAAUUUGAACUUGCUAAACAGAACUGAGAGAAAUUCCUAGAUCUGUGAUAUUGGGACACUAUCAAGGUAGAAGGACAUAGAUUUAGUGGACUGAUUUUUGGAAAUCGUUUGGAGAUUUGCUCUCGUAAGAGAUUCCUUCUUGUAAUAGAUACCAAUCCAGUUUCUAAUAUUUAAGUGAGGCUUCAGAAUUGCCGACAAUCUUUCCCAAUCUGUCUUAAGAAUUUUGGUGGAAGUCAAUACAUACCCUCCAAUAUUUAGUAAACAACAAGUAUAUUUGGAAGCUCUUGCAUUCUCUUUUUGGUUAAAUGAUAUGGAUCUUGUAAUACAGGGAGCAGUAGAUUAAUUUGAAACAUUUCUAGUGUCCUCCAACUGCUGUUAUGAAACAAUGAGGUAAAAUCCUUUUGACUGGCAUGAAAUGCAUAUGGUUAUUAUCACUUGGGUAAUGAUGCAGUGUCACUACCAAUUUGCUUUGUUGGAGUUGCUGUGUACAUAUACUUCACAUAAUUUCAGAGGAAACAUUAUCUCAACUACAACAGUACAUAUCAUCCUUACAGUAUUGAAUCAGCCAUAUCGAUUGGGCUGUAAAGGAGGAUUAAUUCAAUUCUGCUUUAGUAAGGAAUAAAUAAAAUAAUGCAGCACCCACCUCCUAAGAUUGGAUUAAAACACCAAGGCGUUAUGAAGACCUAGCUGGCGUUGUGACUCCUUUUAGAAGAGAAUGCAUAUCUUCUUACACCACUCAUGAGAUGUUAAUGUCAGUCAAAAUGCUACAAUUUGGGACAAGGCUGAAGAGAUGGAAAGAAGUUAGGCUACAGCCUAACUCCUUGGCUCUUAAAGACAUUUGUCCAUUGUGUUGUCGAAGGCUUCCAUGGCCAGAAUCACUGGGUUGUUGUGAGUUUUCCAGACUGUAUGGGCAUGUUCCAGAAGCAUUCUCUCCUGACGUUUCACCCACAUCUAUGGUAGGCAUCCUGAGAGGUUGUGAGGUCUGUUGGAAACAAGGCAAGUGAGGUUUAUAUGUCUGUGGAAAGUCCAGGGUGGGAGAAAGAACUCUUGUCUGGGGCAAGUGUGAAUGUUUCAGUUGAUCACCAUGAUUAGCAUUGAAUAGCCUUGCAGCUUCAAGGUUUGGCUACUUCCUGCCUGGGGGAAUCCUUUGUUGGUAAGUGAUUAGCUGGCCCUGAUUGUUUCUUGUCUGGAAUUUCCCUGUUUUUGAUUGUUGUUCUUUAUUUACUGUCCUGAUAUUAGAGGGUUUUUUAAAAAUAUUGGUAGCCAGAUUUUGUUCAUUUCAUGGUUUCUUCAAUACUAGUCAAGUUGAUCAACUGCAACAUUCACACUUAUCUCAAACAGACAAGAGUUCUUUCUCCCACCCUGGACAUUCCACAGAUAUAUAAACCUCACUUGCCUAGCUUCCAAAAGACCUUAAAACCUCUGAGGAUGUCUGCCAUAGAUGUGGGUGAAACAUCAGAAGAGAAUGCUUCUGGAACAUGGCCAUACAGGUCAGAAAACUCACAGCAACCUUUGUCCAUAUUUCUUGAGGAAUGCUUUUAAAUUUGCAUUCUGCUGAAGGCUUGCCAUUUUAUUGUUUUGAUGCUUCAGACUUUAUUUUCCGCAGUUAUCUUUGCAAAUAUGUCAGGUUGGGAGGAAAUCUCGCUCCCCAAAAUUGUUUCGCCGAAUCUUGUGAAGAAGAGAGAACUGUAGGGGUUGAAUUUCUGCCAGAAAGGCAGACAAAUUCCGAAAUAGCAUUUUUGGCGUUAUUCAUUUUUUGGGGGAUGGGACACUGGAGCAGAUUUGUUCUCUUCAGAUAUCAGAAGAAUGUCUCUGUAACUCUUAAAUAAUCUAAAUUGUGCGGAGCAUUUGUAUAGUCAAUAUUGCACUUCCAUUGUAUCUUUAAUGCGCAUGUCAACCUUGCAAUUGAUUAGGUAUACACUUGGCAGUAAUUUGCACAACACACCAACUUUAAAAGGCACAUGUAGAACAAUUACUAAUGAUGAUAAUUGCAAAAAAAAUCGGAUGGCUUUUUCGUUGUUCUACAAAGUGAUUUUUCUGUUUCUUAUUUCAGUGUUUGGGUCUUGAACAGGACAGUGCAGGAUUCUGCCUGUUUAAUAGUAAGGCCUCGCUGAUUUGUGAUUGAAAAUGAAAGUGUGUAAACAGUCUACAAAAAUGUACUUUCAGAAUUAUUGUAAUGUUGAUUGUUAUGUCUAUAAAAAUUGCCUUGCUUUUUUAUAAGUCAUUCUGUAUCAAUGUAUUCAUUAUAAAUAGUAUAUUUGUAAAUGA